CAACAGUUGUGUUGAAUGGAAUAUCAAGAAUGCCAUUGAAUAGAAAUUAGAAACCCCUUCUUUCUUUUAUCUAUCCUCGUCCGCCAUGGACGGGCGCAGAGCCCUCGUUUCGAUUCCAAUGGGAGACAAUUUCGAAGAGAUAUUGAACACCUACUUCACGAACGGGGCGGAAGUAGAGAUUAGCAGCAACGACGAUGGCUUCCGCGGCGCAUGGUACGAAGGGAAGGUGAUCCGCGCCGUGUCAAAAAAAGUCAGAAAGACUCAAAGCAAGAAGGAGAAGCGGGUGGAGGUCGUGGUGGAGUAUGAGACGCUAAUGGCUGACGAGGCCGGGAAAGUGCCUCUGCAGGAGACAGUCGACAUCGUUCAAGUCCGGCCGCGGCAGCCCCGAGAGGGCCUUCGCAGAUUCAAGUCCAGCGAGGAGGUGGACGCCUUCUACAACGAUGGAUGGUGGGAAGGCAUCGUAAUCGCUGCGCUGGAAGGCGGCAAGUACUCGGUGUUCUUCAGGGCAACCAGGGAGCAGCUAGAUUUCGCUGGAUCGGACCUCCGUCUCCACCGCGAGUGGGCCAACGGAGAAUGGAUCCCGCGCUUGCGGGAUGGAGAUGCUGAGGAAAAUAAAAUAUCAAAAGAGGAGAAACCUGACAAUGAUAUUAGUCAACAAACUUUCCAUCAAGGAAUGAUGGUCGAAGUAAGCAGUGAUGAAGAGGGUUACGAUGGUGCUUGGUUUGUUGCUACUGUCGUAAAACAACUAGACAGUGGUAAUUACAUGGUAGAGUAUCAGAGCUUAAGGAAUGAUGACGACACAGCGUUUGUGCAAGAAGAGGUUGAUCAUAUGCAUAUACGGCCAUGUCCUCCUGAUACUGGCAGAGUUAAGAGCUUCAAAGUUUUUGAUAGAGUAGAUGCUCUGUAUAAUGACGGAUGGUGGGUAGGGACGAUCUAUAAAGUUCUUAGAGGUAACAAUAAAUACAUUGUCUACUUCAGCAACACUAAAGAGGAAUUGACGUUUAAGCAAGCUGAUUUGCGGCAGCACCAGGAUUGGGUUAACAGGAAAUGGAAGAAAGCUCCCAAGGUAAGAUGACAAUUGGUUCUUUCUAUUUUGAAGUACUCCGUAAUUAGUAUUGUCUUAGCAAUCUCUUUUUUCAAUGUGUUGUAAAUUGUGUUUUCUGGUGGUUUUAUCUAGGGAGAAGGAAAAAAUAAAUCUUUGAACAAUAUACAUUGGACACAUAUACUUCUCAACUUUUUUUGGAACAACUAACACAAAAAACUUGUAAAAUUAGAAUAAAUAUGCCCUUGAACUCUACAUUAGAAAACAUAUAUGUACCCCUAAAUUGUUUGGACCAAGGGCAUUGUGUUCAUUUGUUCCGAAACUCUUUUGAGGCCUUCUCUCUUAUGUGCGUGUUUGUGCACAUCUCUUUGAAUAUGGGCAUGCAUGGAUUGAAUAUAAUCUGAUUUAAGCUUGUCUUUCAGUACUUCAUAAUGAUGUUGAAAUUUGGACUGAGCUCCUUUGAUCUUCACAGGAUAAAAAAUUACCAUCUUCAAGCUCCAACAAAUCCAAGGGCUAAUGUAUGAUUACGCCUGAUCGACCUCAGCAUAUAUUCAUUUUCAGUUCGGGAAGGCCUUCAGAAUUUGGUGAAGAUUUUCAUAAUAUAGUAGUAAUAGACCUGCCGGCCUUAGUUUCCCCAAAUGUAAAACAAAGCAUAGGUUAUAUGGAAAGGCUGGAACAAGAUUAACUUCACAGUUAUUUCCAGUUCCAUAUUCUGCUCCUCUCAUUCCAAAAUGUCUGGUUAUUAGUACUCAAUUAAAUGAAUAAGUAAAAAACACCAUUUUCACUCCAA